GCGGCCGCCUCUCCGCACCCCGCGGACAAUGCGGCACGGCCCUCGGCCGCGGUGAGGGGCCGGGGCCCUCAGCCCGCGCCCGGCCUGAGCGCGGGGCCCUGCGCCCGCCCCCCAUGGGUCUGUGCUACAGCCUGCGGCCGAUUCUCUUCGGGGACACCGAGGACGCCCCUGCGGACCCCGAGUCCCGGCUAGAGGACGCGCGGCCCGACCCGGCCGCGGCCGGGGCGGCGGGGAAUGAUGCGGCCGGGACCCCACUCCCACGAGGCGGCGGCCAGAGCGCAGCGAGCGCGCGGCCCAGCGCGGACAAGCCGAAGGGGAAGCGGCGGCACCCGGAGCAGCUGCGCGCCGAGGAGCGCGAGGCCGCCAGGGAGGCGCGGAGAGUGAGCCGCGGCAUCGACCGCAUGCUGCGCGAGCAGAAGCGGGACCUGCAGCAGACGCACCGGCUCCUGCUGCUGGGGGCUGGAGAGUCUGGGAAAAGCACUAUCGUCAAACAGAUGAGGAUCCUGCACGUGAACGGAUUUAAUCCCGAGGAGAAGAAACAGAAAAUUCUGGACAUCAGGAAAAAUGUCAAAGAUGCUAUUGUGACAAUCGUCUCAGCAAUGAGUACUAUAAUACCUCCAGUCCCACUGGCCAACCCCGAAAACCAGUUUCGAUCAGAUUAUAUCAAGAGCAUAGCGCCUAUCACUGACUUUGAAUAUUCUCAGGAGUUCUUCGACCACGUGAAGAAGCUCUGGGACGACGAGGGCGUCAAGGCUUGCUUCGAGAGGUCCAACGAGUACCAGCUCAUCGACUGCGCCCAGUACUUCUUGGAGAGAAUCGACAGUGUCAGCCUGGUGGACUACACUCCCACUGACCAGGACCUGCUCAGGUGCAGGGUGCUGACAUCGGGAAUUUUCGAGACACGAUUCCAAGUGGACAAAGUGAAUUUUCACAUGUUCGACGUCGGUGGCCAGAGGGACGAGAGAAGGAAAUGGAUCCAGUGUUUCAACGACGUCACAGCCAUCAUCUACGUGGCGGCCUGCAGCAGCUACAACAUGGUGAUCCGGGAGGACAACAACACCAACCGGCUCCGAGAGUCCCUGGACCUGUUUGAAAGCAUCUGGAACAACAGGUGGCUGCGGACCAUCUCCAUCAUCCUGUUCCUGAACAAACAGGACAUGCUGGCAGAAAAAGUCCUAGCGGGGAAAUCGAAGAUCGAAGACUAUUUCCCAGAGUACGCCAACUACACCGUCCCCGAAGAUGCGACACCAGAUGCAGGAGAAGACCCCAAAGUCACAAGAGCCAAGUUCUUUAUCCGGGACUUGUUUUUGAGGAUCAGCACAGCCACUGGGGAUGGCAAGCACUACUGCUACCCGCACUUCACCUGCGCCGUGGACACAGAGAACAUCCGCAGGGUCUUCAACGACUGCCGUGACAUCAUCCAGAGGAUGCACCUCAAGCAGUAUGAACUCUUGUGAGGCCCACUGUCCCCGUCCCUCCGCUGCCCCCAUCCCUCUCGCCACCCCAACGAGUGGCCAGACUGCGUGUUCAUCCACCCAAGCCAUGGUAGGGUGUAGUGAGUGUCUAGUCCCCUCUGGCUGCUGUCUGUCCUGCCCUGGGUGUGCCCCACCAAGCCUCUGGCUACCUCCACCCCCCAGGUUUAGUUCUGUUGCUUGGUUUUCACUGAACACAACCUCCACCCCCCAGAUUUGCAUUGCUGCAGAACCUCCCACUCACCCAUCGAUGCUGCAGGGAGCCCUCUCUGGGUGGGGACCCCUGUCACACACUUGUCGACUGACUCACCAAGACCCUGUAGGUAGAUGGAGAAAGUGCUUUUUUUUUUUUCUCCUUCUUCAAGUUAUUCAGCGUGAUUGCAAAGGCAUAUGCAAAGUGCCGGGAGCCAGGGGCCUCUGAUUUCCCUUGAGGAAGGCCAGCAGGUGGCUGGCCCAAGGCAUGGAGGAGACCCUGAGCAACCAAGCAGAGAUUUUUUUUUUCUUUUUUGGCAGUACUAGGGAUUGAUUGAUUCCAGGGGUGCUCUAUCACUGAGCUACACCCCCAGCUCUCUUUAUUUUUUUUUUUAAUUCUGAGACAGGGUCUCACUAAGUUGCUGAGGCUGGCCUUGAACUUGCGAUCCUCCGGCCUCGGCCUCCAUCACACCCAGCUGAGAAGCCCUUUUUCAGUCUCCUUUGCCCUUGCUGCCAGCCUCAGGCACUUGAAUUAGAGCUCCUCUGAGCCUUUGGCAUUUAGGCAGAACACCUGCCACAUUCACUAUUAGAAAAUCUGUCCUGUCUGGAAAAAAGAUCCCUUAUGCUUUCACUAUAUUUGGGUGGAGUCUUCUUUCAUAUAUUCCUUUCACUGUUGGUUUAUUGAUGGUUUAUUACAUUGUACAGACCAUAAAAUGUAAUAUUCUUUUGUAUCACUACUAAAGAAAACUCCUUGUA